UUGAUCGUGAGUAAAUUUAAACAAAUUUUCAAUAACAAUAUAGUUAAAAUAAUCACCUUUUUAUUUUUAUUCAUUGUAGAACCAAAACCGAAAAGAAAAAGAAUGGGAUGGAGUGAGGGGGGCCGAGGUCGCUGUGCUUGAGCUGUGGGAGGAGCGCGUGGAGGAGCUCCGUGGGCUGAGGAAGAAUGCUCAAGUUUACGCGGAGAUGGCGGCUGACCUCUCCAAGCUUGGAUACAAUCACAGCUCAAGAGACGUGCAAGUGAAGCUGCAAAACUUUUCACAGGGAUACAGGAAAGAAAAGGCAGAAAUGGGUCCUUCUGGUGGGUCACCUUCAACAUGGGUGCACUUUGAAAGGGUGCAUUCAAUAAUCGGUGCAUUCAAGGCGAGCCUGUACAAAGAUUUGACACUUGAAAGCAUUGAUG